UGCUCGUUCACAAACACAUCUUGCAGCGAUGGCCGACUACGACAGCGAUUCUUCAGGCGCAGACGACAUUGAGACUAACGUGCUGCUCGGCUAUGUCUCGAAGGAGUCUACAGUCGACGAUUUCUCCCAACUUGGUGGACAUCCGAUAUGGCUAGAUGGGAAGAGUGUCCCUGAUGGGGCUCUCGCAAAGUGCAAAGUCUGCAAUGGUCUUAUGAAUUUACUCCUUCAGCUCAACGCUGAUCUGCCAGAUCGAUUUCCUGGCCACGAGCGGAGAUUAUAUGUGUGGGCUUGCAGAAGAAAGGCAUGUAGAAGGAAGGACGGCUCUGUCAGAGGGUUCAGGGCGACCAGACAGACCGCUGUCAAGGCAGUGUCUGCUACUGCUGGCACUACGAAGGAAGACAAAUCAGCUCCCGCACCACAACCUGCCACGAAUCUGGGCGACACACUAUUUGGCGUCAAGUCAACGUCAAGUGCACAGGCGAACCCGUUUGCCGCACCUGGGAGCAGCAGCUCUGCAAACGCCAAUCCAUUCGCCUCAGCCUCAUCGCUGGCCGCCAGACCACCCCAGAAGCCAGCAGAGCCCACGCCCUCAGAAAGCCUUCCUCAAACUUUCGCAGAAAAAGCCCGUCUAGCCUCACCAACAGAGGACGAGCUGACACAACCAGUCGGUCCCUCCCAACCCUGGCCCGAGAUUUCCGCGUUUCCAGAACCUUACCCUACCUACUACAUCGAUGCCGACAAAGAGUACAUCGAUGCCACACCCGCCAACGACAUUCCGCAGAACGUUCGCGUCGACAAUGUUGAAGGCAGCAGCGCAGCUGGCGAGAAAGACAUGAAAGAUGCUUUCGAAUCGAGCAUGGACAAGACAUUCCAGAAGUUUGCAGAUCGCUUAUCACAAAACCCCGAACAAGUUCUGCGGUACGAAUACGAUGGGCAGCCUUUGCUGUAUAGCAAGAAGGAUGCCGUGGGCAAGCUGUUAGACCCGAACCCUUCGCAAGGUAAAGACGCUAAGGUCAAAGUUGUAGGAGGGGCGAGUGGAGGCAAGAUCCCAAGGUGCACGAAUUGUGGAGCGGAAAGAGUGUUCGAGUUGCAAUUGACGCCGCACGCUAUCACGGAGCUUGAGGCUGAGGAAUUGGGCCUGGAUGGGAUGGACUGGGGAACGAUUCUGCUGGGAGCUUGCUCGAAAGACUGCCAGGCACGAGGGAAAAAGGAAGGCGAGGUUGGCUACGUUGAGGAAUGGGUAGGGGUGCAAUGGGAGGAGCUGGAAGUCAAAAAGGCUUGAGCAUGAAGAGCACGGAUGGGACAAAAUUGAAGCUGUCGAAGUUCUAUCUGCCCUUGACAAGGCGCCAAUCGCCGUCGUCUA